AAUUUAACUUAUCUGAAAAUUUUCUUGCGUCGUUGCCGUCGAUUUCUCGCCGUAUAUUUUCGCCGGAAAUGAAGUGUCAGGCAACCGGACGUGACCUGAAGAUACGCGGCGUUGAUAUCUCGUGUAAUGAUGGUUACGUACUCUCCUAGCAAAAGCCUAACUGUAGCUAAAAAUCAUAUGCGAAAGCAAGCUGUACGUAGCAGAUUUAUGAAUAUCGUCCUUGUUUUAGUCUCGUAAAUAGUUCAUUAAAUACUACAGGAUACGACAGGAUAAUGCUAAUCUACAAUUAUGAGGCAUCGGUUUUGUAGAUUUUCCUGAAAUAAUAGACGGAUUUGAUGGAUUCUGAACUCAAAUAAUCGGUGAAAAGUUUUAUCGCUGUGCGUUUCACAAUGAAGAUCCAGCCAAUCGAUUCCACGACUUUGGAGUAUUUCGAAUAUGAGAAGACGGUGCCGAAGUCACGACUGAGACGUCUCUUUGAUCUCUCAAUUUUUUUGAAAGGAUCGGCGGUGGAAGAUAGAUUCGUCUCCGGUGAAUUAGAAUGCGGCGAAGACGGCUUGGAUGAAAUCGAACCGACGUCUGUCUGCUUGGACAAAAUGGUUGAGAAUUUCUUAGAGGAGAGCAAUGGGAAACAGUCCGCACUUAAGUGUGGCCGGCACCAUCACUGCCUGUGCUUCGACGGCAACGUUCACCGCUGUAGCGAAAGUUCUGAGGACGAGUUUGACUCGUUUAGUUGUUUUGGCAACUCAAUCAACAGCCGUGACUCGUCCUUGGAUGCGUGUAGCCUUCUUAAGAGUUUGGUGAUCUGUGAGACUAUCUCUGAAAGAGAUUUAUUGGCCGAUUCUGCUAAAAUCGUUGACAAGAACAAAAUCUGUAAACGAAAAGUUGAAAUUAAUCGAAAGGUCAUCGCCGAUUGCCUCUUGGCGGCCGGAUACAACGUUUCUAUCUGCAAAUCACGUUGGGAAAAAACUCGAACUUAUCCCGCAGGGGAGCACGAGUAUAUCGAUGCUAUUAUAGAAGGCGAUCGUUAUAUAAUCGACAUAGAUUUCAGAUCAGAGUUUGAAAUCGCAAGAUCAACAAAAAGCUACAAAGCUGUUCUCCAAAUGCUUCCCGAUAUCUUCAUGGGUAAAACCGAUCGUCUCUUGAAGAUCAUAAACAUUGUUACGGAUGCUGCGAAACUGAGCAUGAAGAAGAAAGGGAUGCCAUUCCCGCCGUGGAGAAGAGCUGAUUAUGUGAAAGCCAAGUGGCUUUCUCCCUACACACGAAUCAACAAAUUCAAUGCCUCUACUAACACAAAAUCUGACACCAGAUUUACAAUUUUGACGGAUGAGAAAAAAGGACCUGAUCAAAACGUGAAGCAAUGGGAUCCAUUGGAAAUCAAACCCAAAACCUCGAAGAUUGUUGGUAAAGUUAUUGGAGGUUUGGCUUCUGUGAUCGAAGGCAACGGUGAGAAUUGAUGAAUAUACUGUGGUAAUCGGGUUUUGAUUUGUUUGUUUUU